AUGGAACUUUUCAAUUGGCUCAAUUGGCCAACAAAACACCAAAACAAGGAAACCCACCCGUCGGGUCAACCCGCCCGUCGUGACAGCAAGGAGGACCCUCCGGCUGGUCGACCAGGCAUGAACGGGGCCGUGGAGGUCCGGAGACCCGACUCGUCUGAGAAACUGACGACCGUUCAAUUCGGGUCCGGGUCUGCAGAGAUGCUGUACGGGUACUGCCACGUGUCCAAAAAGAACGAGCCAUGCACUUGGAGGAUCCUACCCAUAAGUGACGAGGACCCGAAUCCGGCCAAGGUCCGAAUUGACUUUUGA